GAACUAUCUGGUUCACCACAUCAGGGAGGAUCAAGCCAGGAGAGAUGAAGCAGUUGAGAAGUGGAAGCAGCUAUAUUUUUCCAUCAAGGUUGAGUUGGAUCAUCUUAUUCUUAGAACCAGUCAAGGAGAAAGAGCAUGGAGGAGAACCUAUGAGGAAGAUGUGGAAAAGGAGUUGAGAGCCAAGGAAGAAAGCAUUGAGCUUCUAGAAUCGAGAAUUGCAUUAUUGGAGCAACAAGUAUUGAAGAGGGAAAGCGAAGUGGAUAUCCUGAGACAAAGCUUGAAGAUUAUGUUUCACAACAAGCUAGGGCGUGCUUAAGUUGUGUUUUGUAACUAUUUUAUGUAAUAUAUAUCGUAUAUGAAAAGCAUAUCAUAGAAUAAUUGAAUGUUUAUAGGCUUAUAGCAGUGCAUUUCUUCUUGUCAUAUAUUUUGACAGAAAUCCGUUUAGUGUUGUGGUGUGUAUAAAACAUCUAGAACACCAACACAAAUAUAACCAUAUUUGCAUUAAAUUAAAG